AUGGACUCGUCUCCGUUUACCGCCGCUCGCAUUAACAAGUUCUCCGGAACAAACUUCCAUGUGUGGAAGUUCAAGAUGCAAAUGGUGCUGGAGGAGCGAGACCUGUGGGACGUCGUGAGCGGCGAGGUCAAGAUCGAGCACUGUACAAGUACUUUGGACCAAGCGACGUUCAAGCGAAAGUCGCGAAAGGCGCUAGCGAUAAUCUGUCUUGCGAUGGAGGAUUCGCAGUUGCCACUGGUUCGCUCGGCGAAGGACGCGUAUGAUGCAUGGUCACGUCUGGAAGGACACUACGAGAAGAAAAGCUUGGCUAAUAAGCUUUUCCUUCGUCGCCGGUUCUUCACGACAAUGAUGGGAGAAGGUGAUGACGUGCUGGAGCACAUCAACAGACUCAAGACUCUGGCGGAGCAAUUGGACGCAGUCGGUGCUCCGGUCAGUGAGGACGAUUUGGUCAUCACGCUUCUGGCCAGCCUUAGCGAGUCGUACCAGUUCCUGAUAACAGCAUUGGAGUCGAGAGCCGACUCGCUGUCGUGGGAGCUAGUGACGUCUCGGCUAUUGCAUGAAGACAUGAAGCGCAAGGAGCAAGGUGGCGGAAUCGAAGGAGCCGCGCACGAUCAAGCUCAAGCAUUCAUAUCAAGAGACAACAAGUGCAAGGCUCGACCGGCUAAGAAGACCGGUGCGUGCCACAAUUGUGGAAAGCAAGGACAUUGGAUUGCGGAAUGCCCUUCGCGGAUCCAAGAAGACGCUGGUAGACAGAGGUUCCAGCGUGCGAAUAUCGCGCAAGAAGAAGAGCUUGGCGAUUACCUGUUCUCGGUUGGUAUUGGCAAGACCAAGUCGAGUUACAUGUGGCUGGUCGAUUCAGGGGCGACGCAGCACAUGACAAGUUCGAAAGAGUUCAUGAGGAACUACAAGGACUUUGGACCAGUAGAUGUGCAUCUUGCUGAUGAUGGAAUUGUACAAGCGAUUGGAAAGGGUGACAUUGUCAUGUCAAUGAUGACUCGUCAGGGCGUCAAGAAGGGUGUGCUCACAAAUGUGUGGCAUAUCCCAAAGUUAUCUCGAAACUUAUUUUCCGUUGGAAGAUUCAUCAAGGACGUGGGGCCUGUCACCUUUGAAGUCGAUGGUUGCUUCGCGGAAACGAAGGGUUUCAAGUGGAAACUAGGCGCUCUAGAAGGAAUGGGAUUGUUCAAGAUGUGUAUGACACCGGUGCUUCCUGCCGAGGUCACUGAGGCCGCGACAAAGAAGGAGGAUAAGGCUGGCCAGGCGAAAGACAAAGCUGGUGAGAUGAAGGACAUGGCUGCGGAGAAGGCGGGCCAAGCCAAGGACAUGGCACAAGACAAGGCUGGUCAGGCAAAAGACAAAGCCGGUGAGAUGAAGGACAUGGCCGCAGAGAAGGCGGGCCAAGCCAAGGGCAUGGCACAAGACAAGGCUGGUCAGGCAAAAGACAAAGCUGGUGAGAUGAAGGACAUGGCCCAAGUAAAGACUGGUCAGGCAAAGGACAUCCUUGAGAAGUUUGGCAUGGAAAACAGCAAUCCUGUCAAGACUCCACAAGAACCUGGACUCAAGUUGACAAGGUCAAUGUGUGCAGAUGGGUGCAAGCAUGCGGAAACAAUGGCAAAUGUGCCAUACCGCAACGCCAUCGGCUGUUUGAUGUAUCUCAUGGUGGGGACCCGCCCGGAUAUCGCAGUUGCAGUGGGAGUUCUCAGUCAGUUCGCGGCAGAACCUUGUCCAACCCAUUGGCAAGCGCUAAAGCGGGUGUUCCGUUUUAUUCAAGGCACAAGGACGUAUGGAAUUGAAUUCCAAGCAACCAGUGAUGACAAGCUGCAAGGCUACUCGGACGCGGACUGGGCUGGAGAUGUCGAGGCUAGACGAAGCACAAGCGGGUACGCCUUUGUGAUGAACAACGGAUGCAUUAGCUGGAGAAGCAAGAAACAGAGCACCGUGGCUCUAUCGUCUACAGAAGCCGAGUACAUGGCUUUGACUGAAGCUGUACAAGAAGCAAUUUGGCUUAAGGCAUUCUUACAUGAACUCGGCGAGAUGAAUAGCGACGAAGCAGUCAAGAUCUACGAAGACAAUCAAGGUUCCAUCGCUUUGGCCAAGAACCCCGAGUUUCACAAGCGGACCAAGCACAUCGACAUUCGUUAUCACUUUGUGCGUGAAAAGGUGGCAGAAGGAAAAGUGGUCCUAGAAUACUGCUCGACCAAGGACAUGAAGGCUGACCUAAUGACCAAGCCAAUUCCUGCAUCACAGUUCCAGUAUCUUCGAAGUAUGUUGGGCAUCAAGGCGCCACGGUCUGCCGAGGCGAGUGGGAGUGUUGCAAAAGAAACGCCUCGGCAGGCUGAUUUUGUAAGAUGCACGUAG